AUGCACGGAAUAAGAACAGUUUUAGCUCAGAUAGAGUCAGCUGUAUCUAGAAGAAGCAAAGACCUUCCCCAGAUUUAUCCGAGACUAGUGGCAGUAUCAAAAAUAAAACCUGCAUCUUUAAUAGUUCAAGCUUAUGAAGCUGGACAAAGGCAUUUUGGAGAGAAUUAUGUUAAUGAACUAGCGGAUAAAGCUAGUGAUCCACUUAUUUUAGAAAAAUGUAAAGAAAUAAAGUGGCAUUUUAUAGGUCACUUGCAGACAAAUAAAAUUAAUAAGUUGCUUGGUUCUCCUGGCUUGUUUAUGGUUGAGACAGUUGAUUCAGAGAAACUGGCUGAUAAUUUAAAUAAACAGUGGCAGAAACACAGGAAAGAUGAGGAAAAGUUAAAAGUUAUGGUGCAAAUUAACACAAGUGGGGAAGAAGCUAAAAAUGGUAUAGAGCCAUCAGAAACAUGUAAGUUAGUUGAAUAUGUAUUGAAGAAUUGCCCACAUCUAGAGUUUGUUGGCUUGAUGACCAUAGGCCAAUAUGACUAUGAUGUUUCCAAGGGCCCCAAUCCAGACUUUAUAACACUGGCAAAAUGUCGGCAAGAAGUCUGUGACAAGUUGAAUUUAGACUUAAACAAUGUAGAGCUGUCUAUGGGAAUGUCCAGUGAUUUUGAACAUGCAAUUGAACUUGGUGCUACCACAGUUCGUGUUGGAUCAAAUAUAUUUGGAGCUAGACCACCGAAGAAAGCCUAA